UCUCCCUCUUCCCCGGCACUGCAGUGCUGGUUGUGAUUGCACACACACGCGCACACACACACGCCACACACCACACACACACACGCUCUCACACAGCGGAGUGUAGCUGAGAGACAGGGACUGCAGCAGCAUGCACCAGCCGCGUCUGAUCUGUGUGGUGACAUGAGGAAGAAGAACUGGGAAGAGGAUAUAGCGUAGCAGCGUCUUACACAACCCAACCCCCAUGCGUACGGUCGCUACAUCUCUGCUCUGCAGCAGUGGCAACGGUGCAUUUCAAGAGCGGACAGCUUAUGUUAUCUUCCCCCUCUGACUGCACUGCCUCUGCAUCCAUCCCAUUCACUCUGUUCCUCCCACUCCACCUCUUCCUCAUCCUCCCAACCACGGCAUCAUUAGGCAGGACUACAGACCGUCCGGGAUCACCAACGGCAAUCACUGGAUGCUCAGGUUUGCCCUCUCUGAAGGAGUCGUGGUGGAGAUGCUAAAUCAUCAUUACCUCCAUUAACAACCGGAUUCUAAUCUAGCUCAGGAGACAAGGAGAAAAAACCACCCCAAACAACGAAAAAGGAGUCUUAGAUGUUUGUGACGCUCUUUGUCGGCGCUGUUGGGUAGUUGAUUAGUUUCUUCUAUUUGCUUGAUUGUUUUUAUCUUCUCUGAGACUGGCUAGCAGGCACUGCAGCACCAGGAAGGACUGCAGGAGCCGUGAAGGGUAGGGCAUGAGGACCCAGGGGCGAGCCAGUGGAAGGGCUUGAGCUACCAUUGCAGCCCCUGCUGCUGCUGAGGUGCUUAUCUUGAUUUUUUUUCUCCAGAAAGGGCGGCUGGUUGGGGUGGGUUGUGACAGUGCAGGUACUCAGGACCCUGCAGAGCGGAGUGGGUGGCUCUGGCAUAGAGGAGCCAGGCAGGGAGGCAGGACGUCCUGUGGGAAAGGAGGAGAGAAGAGAAGAAGAAGGGCUGGCUCAGGCUCGGGCCCCUGAUGGUGGCUAUUUUUAUCUCCCCUAGCUGAGUGAUUGGGGACAGCCGGUAAAGAGAAAGAUGCUUAUGGGUGCGGGACGAGACACGGCGCGGGAUGAGGCCCAGAAGCUUCACCGGAAAUGGCUGAAGCACCAGGCCUUCAUGACCGAGCUGGCCCGCAACAAAGAAUGGCUGGCCAAGAUAGAGCAGGAGGGGCAGGAGCUGAUCGAUGAGAAGCCGGAGCUGCGUUCGGUGGUGCAGCAGAAGCUGGAGGAGAUCAGGGAGUGCUGGACGGACCUGGAGAGCACCACCAAGGCCAAGGCCCGAGCUCUGUUUGAGAACAACAAGCCAGAGCCGGUGGUGAAGAGCUACUCAGACCUGGACCACCAGCUCUCUGGCCUGGAGAAACAGCCCCCACAGCUGGAGCAGGCUCACCAUCUGCCCACCUUCAAUGAGCAGCUGCAUAAAUUCCAGUCUCAGAUGGGGGACUUGUACAAGGACGUAGGGGAACUAGGGUCCCUCCAGGGGGUGUGCCUCCCCCAGCGAGGCAGCCUGGUGAAAGGCGGGGAGGGAGAAGGGGGCGAGCAGCCAGCUGUGGUGGAGACCCGCAUCGUGCGCCUCAUCGAGCCCCUGAAGGAGAGACGUCGCAUCCUGCUGGCCUCCAAGGAGAUGCAUCAGGUCGCCCAGGACCUGGAGGAAGAGAUACUGUGGAUCCAGGAGCGGCUUCCUCUGGCUUCCUCUAAGGAUUACGGCAACAACCUGCAGAGUGUUCAGCAGCAUGUAAAGAUCAACCAGACGCUGCAGAGGGAUCUGCAGGGUCGCCAGGCGCGCGUUGAGGAGGUGUUGGACCGGGCGGGGAUCAUCGCCUCUCUGCGGACCCCCGAGGUGGACUUUGUGCGCGAGGGGGCAGGGCACGUGCGUCAGCUUUGGGAGGUGCUGAGGCUAGAGGCGGAGAGGAGGUCUGUGAUGUUGGAUGUGGUGCUGCAGGCCCAGCAGUAUUACAGCGAGGCGGCCAAGGUCGAGUCCUGGCUGGCAGGCCAGAAACUGCACCUCAUCAGCGAGGAGAAGGGCAUGGAUGAAGCAAGCACCCUGCAGCUGCUGAAGGAGCACCUGGCCUUGGAGGCGAUGGUGGAGAACUACGCUGAGACAGUGGGCAUGCUCUCCCAGCAGUGUCAGAGACAGCUGGAACUGGCACACCCAGACAGUGAGGGGAUCACCAAGCAGCAGUCCCACAUAGACCGUCUGUACGUGUCUCUGAAGGACAUGGUGGAGCACAGGAAGACCAAGCUGGAGCAGCAGUACUGGAUGUACCAGCUCAACAGAGAGGUGGAGGAGUUAGAGAAGUGGAUCACUGAGCGGGAGGCCGUUGCCAGCUCCACUGAGCUGGGCCAAGACCUGGAAGAUGUCACGAUGCUACAAGAAAAAUUCACCAAGUUCUGCUCAGAAACAAACAGCAUAGGCCAACAGAGGAUGGAGCAGGUGAAUAAGAUGGUGAACGAGAUGAUAGACUGCGGCCACACGGACGCGGCCACCAUCGCUGAGUGGAAGGAUGGACUGAACGAGUCAUGGGCCGACCUACUGGAGCUCAUGGAAACCCGAGGACAGAUGCUGACAGCGUCAUACCAGCUGCACAAGUUCUUCACCGACUGUAAAGAGGUCUUGGUUCAGAUUGCGGGGAAGAUGAGGCAACUACCAGAGGUGAGGGCGUGCCAAGCCAGCAUCGCCAACCCAGCCACGCUGCAGAGGCUCAUGCGCUCGUUUGAGCACGCCCUCCAGCUGCUUGUCUCACAGGUAAGGCAGCUGCAGGAGAACGCGGCCCAGCUGAGGGCCAUCUACGCCGGGGAAAAGGCAGAGGCCAUCAUGAGCAAGGAACAGGAAGUGAUGUCAGCAUGGAAGGAGUUGCUGGUUUCCUGUGAGGCUAGUCGCGUGCAGGUCACCUCGGUGACAGACAAGGUCCAGUUCUUCUCAGUGGUGCGUGAGCAUCUCAUGUGGAUGGAAGGCAUCAUGGGACAGAUUGGAGGGGACGACCCCAGGGAUUCGUCCUCUGCGGAGGUGAUGAUGAAACAACAUGGUGAGCUGAAAGCCAAGAUGGACGGCCGCAGUAAGACCCUACAACAGUGUGUCGAGCUGGGAAAGAUCCUGUUGGCCGCAGGCAACCCAGCAGCUGAGGAGAUAAAGGAGAAGUUGGACACACUCCUGGCUAAGCAGAAGGAUCUCUCUGAGAGAUGGGACAAACACCAGGAAAAGCUACAGCGCAAGAAGGAUCAGUUCCAGUAUGCCCAGGAGACGGUGAAGGCGGAGGCCUGGCUGAAGGCCAAGGAGCCGCUAAUCAACUCCAGCUCCAACUCCAGGGAGGCUGGGGGUGCUGGAGGAGAGGCCCAGGCUCAGACUGACGAGGUGGAGCAGCUCAUCCUCCGCCACGAGGCCUUCCGUAAGGCUGCAGCCACCUGGAAGGAGCGCUUCAGCUCACUGAGACAGCUCUCCAACGCAGAGAAGCUGAGAGAAGAACAGAGCAGCAAGCCUGCCCCAACGCCACUCUCCAGUCGGAGGAUGUUCCCAUCGUCCUGCCUCACUCCGACCUUUCCCCUUGCUACCUCAACUCUGCUGAGGCAGACGGUCCAGCUGCAUAUUGAGCCCAGGCCCAAGCAGACUAGUCUGGGGAUAGCUGCCUCUGCCUCCACUGCAGCCCAGAGGUUGGGUUCUACCAUGGCCAGCUACACUCCUGUCAUGAAUGGCUCCAGUUACCAUGGACUGGACCAUCAGAGCAGCAGCGGGGGGUUGGAGAGUUCUAACUACCCUGGGAUAAACCAUCAGGCCGGAGGAGGUGUGGACAGCAGCUCCAGUUACCUUGGAGUGAACCAUCAGACUGCCCUCCCACCAGUGGAUAGUUCUGGCUACCUUGGACUGAACCAUCAAAGCAGUGGGGGUAUGGUUAGUCCAGGCUACCUACCUCAAAAUCAAAGUAGUGGGGGUAUGGGUAGUCCAGGUUACCUGCCGCAAAAUCAAAGCAGUGGGGGUAUGGGUAGUCUAGGCUACCUGCCGCAAAAUCAAAGUAGUGGGGGUACGGGUAGUCCAGGCUACCUACCACAAAAUCAAAGUAGUGGGGGUAUGGGUAGUUCAGGCUACCUGCCGCAAAAUCAAAGUAUUGGGGGUAUAGUUAGUCCAGGCUACCUUGCGCAAAAUCAACACAGUGGUGGUAUGGGUAGCUCAGGCUACCUUGCACAAAAUCUUAGUAGUGGGAGUAUGGGUAGUUCAGGCUACCUGGCUCAAAACCAUCAAAGCAGUGGUGGUAUGGGUAGUUCAGGCUACCUGGCUCAAAACCAAGGUAGUGGGGUUAUGGGUAGUUCAGGCUUCCUUGCGCAAAACCAAUGUAGUGGGAUUAUGGGUAGUUCAGGCUACCUUGCGCAAAAUCAAAAUAGUGGUGGUAUGGGUAGCUCAGGCUACCUUGCACAAAAUCUAAGUAGUGGGGGUAUGGGUAGUUCAGGCUACAUUGCACAAAACCAAGGUAGUGGGUGUAUGGGUAGUUCAGGGUACCUUGCGCAAAUCCAAGGUAGUGGAGGUAUGGGUAGUUCUAGCUAUCUGCCUCAAAGUGGUGGGGUCAUGGACCCCAAAAUGGCAUAUGCGUGGCAGCAUCUGAAAGCCGACUGCAUGCAGCCCAGGAUCAACCAUAUCCACAAGGCUGUCAACCCCCUCCUGGAGGCCAGCAGGGCACAGAGGGAACAGUUUGGGGACAUCCCCAUGGUAGACAUGAUCGGGCCAGAGUCCGGCCUGGAGCUCCUCCAUGGCAGGCUUCAAAGGGACCCCCGCGGCAGCCGCUCCGACCCCCAGAUGGACCACCUGCGGCGGGAGAGGGAGUACAAGCUGGGCCGCCAGACCUCCAGCGAACAGGAGAUCCAGGCGCGGCUCAACGAGCUGCCAAUGAUCGUGCGUCAGGAGCGCUAUAGGCGACGCCUGGAGAGGCAGUCGUCCAGCGAGCAGGAGGGCAGUGGGAAGGCUAGGACACCGAGGCAGGACGACUCCAGCGACAUGGAGUCAGCCAAGGAAGGCUCUGACAAACGCUCAACAGAGAAGAGAGCCACCACAAUGGCUGAGAUUGUGGAGCAGGCCCAGGAGAGAGAGGCAGCACAAGCCAGAGGGGAGACGUACCGCCCCACCAGCAGCCUCUCAGCACCCGUGACCUACGAGCGCCCGCGCGCCCGAGACCGCCCCAAACCCCGCAGGAGACCCCGCCCCAAAGAGCCUGAGGAGAAGCGGCGCUCUCGCUCGGCUCCAGCCCAGAGUCCGGCGCAACUCUUGCCGCCCUCACACACUGCCCAUAACGAAGGCUUCCUGUACCGCAAACACGACUUUGAGGGCCAGCAAAAGAGUCCCAGCAGUAAGUCGUGGGUGAACUUGUAUUGCGUGUUGUCAAAAGGAGAGAUCAUUUUCUACAAGGACGCCAAGAGCAUCACCACACCUUACAAUGAAGAAACCCCACUCGACCUGAGCGUCUGUAUAUGUGAUAGCACCAUGGGAUACAAGAAGAAGAAAAAUGUCUUCGUUAUCAAGAAAAAUGAUGGCAAUGACUAUAUUUUCCAUGCAAAGGAUGAGGAGGACCUGAAGGCUUGGGUCACUAACAUCACCACCAGUAUAACUGAACACGAGGAGAUCGCCAAGUGGGACAAACCCACAACCUCGUCCACAGAUCCCGACCGCUCAGAGAGGAAAGAGAAGUCAGAGGGUGACGCAGAUGCCAGGUCAGAGAGAUCUGAGAUGGGAGGAGAGGUGGAGGAGGAAGAGAGGUCCGAAAAGGAUAGGUCUGAGAAGGGAGAGGGGUCCGAGAAGACAGGCGAGGGCUCCGAGAAGGCAGACACGUCGGAGAGGGGUGAGAUGGCAGAGGGAGGGGCAGGGGGCUCCAGCACGUCAGGGAAGAGCAAAUGAUCCCCGCUAAGUGGAGGAGUGGACUGCAUCCAACCAUCUUCCCGCUCCAUCCUAACAUUACCCUAAGACACCAGACGGUGGUGAGCAAGCGAGACGGAGGGAGAGUGUGUGCAUUUUUGUGCAUAUCUUCUCUCUCUUUCUCUCUCUCUCUCUCUAUAUAUAUCUCACUGUCUCUCUCUCUCCCUGUGACAUCCUGAGGCUUGGGUCCUUGGACUACCUAAUGUUAACUGUGACAGACUGAUCGUUCAGCCCCUAUCCCAGGCAAAAUACAUCAAUGCUUGUAUUGCAUUUUGGCCCUUGCUGGUAAAUUGGAGGAUGGAGGAGAUGAACCAGCGCCACCGUGUGGUCACAGGCAUUCGUCACAGUCACAACUCAUUGAUAAUUUAUCUCUUGGAUUCACAGCAUCUCUCAGUAUAUAUAAAUAUAUAUAUAUAUAUAUAUAUAUAUAUAUAUAUAUAUAUAUAUAUAUAUAUAUAUAUAUAUAGUAUAUAAAAUAUACCUAUGACUGACUAUGUAAUGCUCUAGAAAAACCCAAGCAAUGGUGAAUGAAAUGUCUCACAAUAUUUUGAAAAAGCUUUUUUUCUGAAGCAAUAUACUUUUUUAUUUCUUCUCUUUGUUUGAGAGAGAGGGAAAGGAGACAAGAAACAGUUACUUAUUAUUCAUUAUAUGAUUGGUCACAUUCAUCAUCAGCUUGUUUCCAGCAGGUCAGCAGCACCUUAAACACUUUCAACACAUCUGUGUAUACUCAGCAUAUUGACAUUUCAAACUCACUUCAUCUCUAUAUCUGAGUCAUGCUGUCAUGAUGGAAUGCUGGUAUUACCUAUGUGUGUUAAUAAUGGAACUGAUCAACACACGUGUUUCUCUUCUGAACUUUUGGAUUAAUCGUGCACAGGCUCAUGGCAUGCCAGGAGUAAAGGUGAAUUAGGGUUGCCAACUUAAGCAAAACUCAAUCACCCCCAAGAGUCUAUUUGAGGAGGCAAUGCCAAACUUAACCCACUUGUAGUGCCAGGCCUGUGUCUACAUCUCACUUAUUAAAUCUAACCAUCCAUGGCAUGACAUUGUAUAGUGCACCUUUUACUUUAAUGAAAAGUAAUGUUCUUCAUGGUCUUGAAGUUGACCAGUUCUGAAAUGAAUUUGGCUGUGCAAUAGUUUAAUCUAAAGGAAAGUACUGUGUAAAAUGCUAACAUCAUGGUAUAAUUCUGGAAUCCUGAAGAACGUUCUAAAGGCUUCUCUUCGGGGAUCUUAAACUCUCCCCACAUGAAGUAUGGUGAUAGGAAGAUAUGUUUUAACGACAGAGCAGAGAAAGUUCUCCACAUUACAAGCCCAAGUCAGACAUCCUUCAUGCUUCUUUCGAAUUCUAUUUGAUCUGAGACAAGAAGCAGUAUAACCUCAUUGCUGUUUUUAUUAUAUUACUGCAAUAUAUUUCAUAAGGAUUGUAAUUGUUGCACUAGUGAAAAUACAAUAGUUACAUCAAUAUUAGAUGAACCUCAGAAUAUAUUAUUAACUACUUCUCCCUCCCUGUUUUCUUGCACUCUGAGUUGAAACCAAUAGAAAAUGAUAGUCAGUCAGAGGGGAUUUAUCUAGUCAUGAAAUUGUACAUAAGCUACAUGGCCAAAAGUAUGUGGACAAAGGCUCCUGAGUGGUGCAGUUGUCUAAGGCACUGCAUCUCAGUGCUAGAGGCGUCACUAUAGACCCUGGUUCGAUUCCAGGCUGUAUCAUAACCGGCCGUGAUUGGGAGUCCCAUAGAGCGGCGUACAAUUGGUCCAGCGUUGUCCGGGUUUACCGGGGCAGCUCUAGCAGGGCAAAAAUUAGACAAACUGACUUGUUGGAAAGGUGGCAUCCUAUGAUGGUGCCACCUUGAAAGUCACUGAGCUCUUCGGUAUGUGCCAUUCUACUGCCAAUGUUUGUCUAUGGAGAUUGCAUAGCUGUGUGAUGGAUUUUAUACACCUCUCAGCAACAGGUGUUGCUGAAAUAGCCGAAUCCCCUAAUUAUCAAGGGGUGUCCAGUGUCCACAUACUUUUGUGUAUCUUUGAAUGUAUACCAAUAAAUUCUAUACUCUAAUUAACGGAGUUCUAUGUACUGAAGUGGGUUAAGAUUAAAACAUUUCUCUUAACUCCACACAAAUUAAAUGGGGAAAACACAUCAGUCAAUUACAAUAUUACUGUUUAUUCCAUUUAAAUGAAAAAUAUGCAGAUUAGGAGUCAUCUUUCAAAGGAUAUAUACACCAAUAUCUAGUUACAUUUUACACUUUACAAGGGAAAAGAGUGCUGGACAGGUACAUUUGUUGUGUAUAUAUAAAUGUGUGUAUUUCAAUGAAUUGAUCAUACGGACUUGAUACAGACAGUUUUUUCUAUUAGUAGCUGAAUCCAGUCAGGCAAGUGAAAUAUUAUAAGAACAGUGCUGUUGCGAGGGAUAGGUCUACAGGCCAUUUACUUGAACUGGUUAAAUGGCUUGAAUGAUAACAAAGAACUUGGUAGACUAAAUGCUACUGUAGUUUAUUUGUUAACUCUGGAGCUGAUCAGUCUGGUAUCCAGGCUACACACGUUUUAGCUGUGACUCAUGGGCUGUGACUUCAAAGCUAAAUACAACCAUACAUCCCACAAUUUUUUUUUUGCUUAAGCCUCGGUCAUAUUGGAUGAUUAAUUAUAAACAUAUUGAUAAGAACAUUCAUAAACACAAAGAAAAUGUAAGAUUAGUACUGUUCAACUCAUAAACUUCAAUAGCCAGCAUAGUUUGACAUUUGGUCGACUGUGUUUAUUUUUAUGUCACUCUGAACUUCAAGUUUCAAAUGGGCCACUUUUAUAAUCUUUACAGAUAUGUUUUAUCCGAUUCCCAAAUGCCCCAUAUCAUGGACCUGCCAAAUCAAAAUGACUGCUUAAACUGGUCUGUGUGUAAUGUAGUAUUAGUUAUAACCAAAUUUAUAAAACAUAUAAAAAAUAAAACCUUAUCAAGCCUUAUCCCCAAAACAAUGGAAACCAGUAUUUUGAAAAUGAAUUAAUUUAACAAAAGACAGAAUACAGACUGUUCCAUUUGACUCAGGAUGCAAAUACUGGCACUUAUUGACUUUGGCAUUAAAGUGUUAUGACCCACUCAACAGUCAGGAGUCUAACUGCAGCUUGUUGAUUAGACGCAGUUAACUUAUUGGUAACACUUGAAAAUGUCACAAUAUAUGUGUUAUGUCCUCUGUUACAACGUGGACAAGUAACUGUUGAGAAACUGUCAAUUACAGUAUAACAACAAAAUGUCUAUUGUAGGUGGUUAUUAUAGGUACCACACCAUUCUAUAUUACAGGCUUUAAAAACUAAUGCUACCUAAAAUUGUAAUUUAUUUGUAGGCCUAUAGCCAAUUGUUUUUAGUGUAACCUACUCCUCUGGAAUUGAGCCUUUCAUUGCAAUACAUAUUGGUUAGUUAAACAUUAGUAGCUGUUUCUUUUAUUCUCCUCUGUGGAAAGAAAGAGAGGCUCUACUUUGCACAUGAUGUAUAGUUCCUCCAAUAUAAUUAGAAUGAUAAUUAUAUGGUUCUAAUUCUAUUCAUUCCAAUUUAUGGUUCCUCCAUCUACAUUCUUAUCAGAGAAAUCCCCAUUGUCUUAGCACAUCGAUUCCGCCUGCACUGAUGAGCGUUGCGUUGGAGUGACACGAUCUGACGUUAGACAAUGAGAAAUCCCAUCACUUCAUGAAACAAACAGGUUAAUGAUACUACAGUACCUACUAAACAAACAGAAAUACUACAAAACCUACUAAACCCACAGAAACAAAGCUCUUGACCUCAUUGCUGGUGAAAAGUGUUUUUGUGAUUUUGUGUUUUUCUUGUCUCAGAUACAGUGUCACAGUGUACCUUAAUGAUACCUAUACCUUGCUGCUAUGACAUUUUCUCUAUGUAAACCUCCUUACUUGCUGAUGCAAAAUUGACAUGAACAUUGGUGUAUGCUUAACACAGAGGUGUUAAGCCAAGAUUUUUUCUAAAAGUCAUCAUCAACCAUCCUCCACAGAUCACUAGACACAUGAUGCAUUCUAUAUAGUAGUGGGAGAUUAAGAAAUUCCUGAUGUUGCAGCCAUUCACAGUGUUUAAAAAUCAAAGUCAAUUUAAUUGAUUGACUAGAGAAAGUUAAGAGAUUCCUGUGUAAGGGAUUAAACUCAGUAUAAUAACAAAUUAAACAACUUUUGGGGGAAAAUUAGUAAACCUUGCCAGAGAGUACAAUUUUUGAGAUAAGCUUUCAUAAAGGUCAAUUAUCUUGAUUCUGAGGGGGUAUACAAACUGUCAUUAUAAUACCUCAUGACAUAAUCACCAAUUUGCAUAGGAAAACACUUAUUAGAAUUCAUGGACUUAAUCCAUAUGACCAGCUAUGAGCUCCAUGCUCCAAUCUCCACUUCUUAAUGCCUUUGUGCAUUUAACACAUGGAGCAAAAUGUCAUGUGUCAUGAUGAUACACUUAUAUAGGCAUAAUGACACAGUUAUGCAUACACUUUCAACUAAAGUAUUCCCUGUAUUUAACUAAGUCAUUUGAUUUAUUUUUUGUAAGAAGAAAAAUGCAGACAGUGUCUUCCACACCUUGUAGUAUUCAUAAAGCCAUCUGGGGAUAGUAACUGAACCACAUAGCUCUGAUAACCUAAGGGAUUAAGUCAGUGAUGGACGUCAACUGAAGGGCUGGGCCUUUAAAAAAAAAAAAUGUUUCUGUUUAGAGUUAAUAACGCUUCCGAUCAUUAAGCUUGAAAUCUUUGCUUGGUACAAAAUAAAAUGUUUUACUCUGUAUUCUGCAGCCCUCUAAUAGCAGAUCAGUGAAAGGCUGAAACACAUCAGUGCUACUCGCAGUUUUCAAGAGGUGCAAGUGGAAACAUGAAUAAUUGAUGAGGUGGAAGAAGAAAUGUCAUGCAACUUUUGUUUUGCACUAAAGCACUGCCCCAUUGCACAGUGUAAAAUGCUAGUGGUGACGCAGGGUCUAUAAGAAAUAUACAUGUAUACAGUAUUGCACAAAGUCUGCACAACUCAAUGUAAGUAUUUUAAGAAUGUACAUUUUAAUUCUGAUUUGUUUAUUAAAUAGACUGGAGUAACAUCUGCCAAUAUCUGUCUGUUGAAAUAUGAAACAUAUUGUCUCAUAAACUCUGUUCAUCCCUUAA